UAUAUAAUAACAGCUUCUAGCGUGACUGUGUCCAUUGCUAUGCUCUUUUGAGUUUUCUCCUUCCCGUAUUUCAGCACUAUACAACGUAGCAAUUACGUUACGUUUGUGUGGACACUGAUAUGGGUAAGAAACUUGAUGCAUUGCUGGGUAGAAACUUCAAAGCUGACAAAUUCAAGCCUACCAUUAACCUUGCCAUAUCGCGUCUUGCUGUUCUCAAGAAUCAACGUAAUGUGCGUCUCAGACAAUCCCGUUCUGAUGUUCUUCAACUUCUCCAGCUCCCCGAUAACCAUCAACGCGCUCUCCUUCGAGUUGAAUAUGUAAUCAAGGAACAGAAUAUGUUGGAUGUGUACGAUGAAAUUGAAGGAUACUUCAACCUCUUGGUUGAAAGGAUCCACCUCAUUGCACAACAAAGAGAAUGUCCCGAUGAACUGGAGGAGGCAGCAUCAGGAAUACUGUUUACGGCAUCAAGGUGUGGAGAUUUUCCAGAGAUUCAAGAGAUUCGUGCUAUUCUUACUUCUAGAUUCGGGAAAGAAUUCGCUGCACGUGCUAUUGAGUUGAGGAACAAUUGUAGAGUUCAUCCUAAGAUAAUCACGAAGCUUUCUACGAGGAUGCCGAGCUUAGAAAGCAGAAUGAAGGUACUCAGAGAAAUUGCUUCUGAGAACAAUAUUACUCUGCAGCUUGAACAAGUUUCUUCAACUAUAGAUGAGGAACAAGUAACAAAGGAGGAAAAGCAAAACCAGCACAAAUCUGAGAUCAAGCAAGAUGAAAAUGUCCACAUUUUAGUUAAUGAAGGAAAAAGUGAUGAAUUUUCUGACUCCUUUAAGGGUAGGAAAAAGUAUAAGGAUGUAGCUGAUGCAGCACAGGCAGCUUUUGAAUCAGCUGCAUAUGCUGCAGCUGCUGCUAGAGCAGCUGUGGAACUAUCAAGAUUCCAAUCACAUGAUCCUGACGAUGAUGAUGAUCAUAAUAGUUUAAGCCCUCGAACGAGAAAAGUGUUGGAUAGACAUAAUUCUGCGAAAGCUAUGUCACCACUGAAAGGAGAAGAAUUGAAUAAGAAUGCAGAAGAGUUAGGGAAGGUAAUUAGUAGUUCAAAUUUAGGUGCUGAUGAGAUUGUUGAUUCAAUGGAUGCAGAAACUGAGGUUGAUUCUAUUGGUCUUGAGGGUAGAUCAGGGCAGAGUGCACCUUUAAUUGAUUUGGAGAAGAAGCCAUUUUCAGUGAGGACUAAAAGAGUACAAGGUUAUUGAGUAAGGAUGAUUUGUAUGUAUGUGGCAUAUGACUUGAGUUUUGCAACUAUCUAAGACUAAGCAUGUAAAUUCCUUCAAAAAAAGACUAAGCAUGUAAAUGCCUCCUCAAUCAUAAAUUUUUGGCUUCAUAACUUUUUAGUGCAUAUGUAAUAUAUUUAUUUUAUCCUUUC